GGAAGAUCUUUUAAUAAGCUGGAGAUAGAUAGAGGGAGGCCAUCUUGAUAAGAAGAGGAGAACCCUACAGAAAGAGAGAAGAGAGGAUGACUUAUAGAAUGAACAAAACAUCCUCUGUUUCUCUAGUCCCUGUCCCUUCUUCAAGAUCUUAAGCUUUUUCCACAUUCUAUCAUCAUCUGGGUCCUCUCCAAAAUGGAGCAUAAGAUGGAAUCUGUAUCGGAUCUAGGGAAGCUUUUCAUUGGAGGGAUUUCAUGGGACACAGAUGAGGAAAGACUUGGAGAGUAUUUUAGCAAGUAUGGAGAUUUGGUUGAGUCUGUGAUCAUGAGAGACCGUUCCACGGGACGUGCACGUGGCUUUGGUUUCAUCGUCUUUGCUGAUCCUUGUGUUGCAGAGAGAGUGACCCUGGAGAAACACAUCAUCGAUGGCCGCACGGUGGAGGCGAAGAAAGCUGUUCCACGUGAUGAUCAGCAAGUGCUGAGACGACACGCAAGUCCAAUGCACCUUGUCUCACCUAGCCAUGGUUGCAGCGUAAGAACAAAGAAGAUCUUUGUUGGAGGUUUACCAUCUACCAUUACCGAGGCCGAGUUCAAGAACUAUUUUGAUCAGUUUGGUACAGUUGCUGAUGUUGUGGUGAUGUAUGAUCAUAACACACAGAGGCCAAGAGGCUUUGGCUUCAUCACAUUUGAAUCGGAAGAGUCUGUUGAUAUGGUUCUACACAAGACAUUUCAUGAACUAAACGGCAAAAUGGUUGAGGUCAAAAGAGCUGUACCAAAGGAGCCUUCCUCAUCAGCUUCUGCUAACCGAAGCCCGCUUAUUGGGUUUGGUAAUAACUAUGCUAAUAGGUCACCUGCUAAUAGCUACUUCAAUAGUUUUGCUCCUGGACCUGGUUAUAGUAACAAUUUAGCCUCUGCUGGUUCUAGGUUUAGUCCUAUUGGUAGCGGUAGGAAUGCUUUCUCUACCUUUGGUCUUGGUUUGAAUCAAGAACUGAGCUUUGAUGGAAACACUCUUGGUUAUAACCGUAUCCCUAGCAACCAAUACUUCAACACUGCUUCACCUAACCGUUACAAUUCUCCUGUUGGAUUCAAUAGAGGCGACUCUAAUUACAACCCUAGCAAUAGAGACUUGUGGGGAAACAGAACUGAUUCUUCUGGUCCAGGUUGGAACUUGGAUGUUUCUGUUGGUAACAACAGAGGAAACUGGGGGAUUUCUGAUACUAAUGGCUAUGGGAGAAACUUUGGGACAGGUUCUGGACUUUCUUCGUUGUCAUUCUCCGGUAACAACACAAACGGUUUUGAUGGCUCUAUAGGGGAAACGUACAGAGGAAGCUCUGUUUAUAGUGAUUCAACGUGGCAGCAGCCAUUGCCUCGUCAGUUUUCUAAUGAGUUAGACGGCUUGUCUCGUUCUUAUGGGUUUGGUAUUGACAAUGUAGUAGGCUCAGACCCAUCUGGUAACGCCUCUGAAGGUUACUCUGGAAGCUACAGAGUGGGAAAUAGACAAACACAUAGAGGUAUUGAAGCAUAGAAAGAAAGUGUUUCUGCUGUUUAAUUCUUACAUAAAGAUAAAAAAUGAGAUUUGGUAGCUGCAAAGAUACAAGAUUGGUGGAGGUGAUAGAUGAUUUGGUUUCUGAUAACAAAUAACUAGAGAUCUUUGAUUCUCGAUCACUAUUCUAUAGGUUGUUUUGGUUGUUCUUCUCAAGAUUCUUGAUGUUGUGUACUCUGUUUGUAACUCUAAUUGUUAAGUUUUUUUUUUCUUUGGUUUGAACUUUUAUUCCAAUUGUUCAUGAGAACUUAUGAUUUUUUUUCUAGUAGGUGAGAGAAAACAUUGUGCAAACGGCUCUAAAAUGAUUACAAUUUGCUGCAUUUGAUAUUUCCCUUUGUGUUUAUAACCUAUUUGUAGAGAGUUUAUGUGGUUUUUCUUCAUGAUUUUUAAGGUAAUAA